ACCUAGGCAGAUAUUCUCAUUCUAGGUCAAAGCAGAAACAACAGGAAUUCGAUCAGGAUUCAAGUCAUUCAAUCAUUCAAACCUCAAUCAAAUAUAAUCAAAUCAUAGAAUUAGUACUCGGGUUCAUACAAUCAAAGCCUAACAUACAAAUCUAGGGUUCUCCAUACCCAGAUGAAUGGGAGAACUACUCCAUGGAGAAAGAAGCAAAAGCAGAAUCAGACGCGGAAUUCAUACUGUGAAGGAUGGAUUCCUGCUCAUGGACGUUGAUCGGCACUUCUCCAAGCUCAAGAUGGCCUCCAAUGGUGAUGAAGAUCAAGCUAGGGCACUUGGAGACUCUUGUUCGUCGCUUUCUCUCUCUAGGAAUCGCUCUGUCUCUCUAAAACUCGAAUCCCCUUCUGUUUUGGCUGAAAUCUGCUUAAAAGGGCAUCAGUGGCCAAAGCACGGUCGAGGGCACGGCCGUGCUUUGCUUCAGCCCGCCCGUGCUUUGGCUAGGGUUAAUUACACGGCAACUGUGUUGGGAGAAACACGGGCGUGUUUGAUGAUGGACACGGUCGUGCUUUGGUGGACACGGCCGUGCUUUCAGUCCGUGUUUGCAGCUUGAAUUUGCCAAACUCAAUUAGCUCUCGGCAGUAAAAGCACGGCCACAGAACACGGCUGUGUUCUGUUUUAGGUGUGCCCGUGUUUUGGCUCAGCUUCACCGAAUGACUUCCGAUUUCCCCAAAACUCGUGCGUAGCCUUUCCUUUGACGCAUGGGACCUGAAAUAUGACAAAAUAGCACAACCCGGCGUAAAAUAGGCCAAAAAUACACGACUAUGCCCCUCAAACGGAUAAGAACUAGUGGCGCAAAUAUGUGCAAUUACAUCGUUAUCAAAUUCCCCCACACUUAACCGUUUGCUUGUCCCCAAGCAAACCAAGUCAGACACAAGGUAAGCUCAACAACAAGGCAUGACAUAUCGGCACAAAACACGUGGAUCAUACUGGCUUCGAUCAGUAACACAUGGACAACUUCAAUGACAACCUAGACAACCACCACAGAUGACAUUCGAAUGCAGUAAAAUCGAGCAAAGGAAGAGUCUCCCUUCUGUUCACCAACCAACAUAGACUUGACUCAACCACUUAUUCAAAACAGUCACUUCAUGCACAAAGUUCAAGAUAUCAGAAUUAAGACCGAGCAAUCUAGGUCCUCGCCGGGAUAAAGAGUAUAGAGAAUA